GACACACAGCCGGCUCAACAGUUCAAAGGAGACCAUGGCCUGGUUGAUCAUCCUACUUCUCCUCAGUCUUCGACUGACAAGAGCCGAGUUUCCAGAAAUAUCCAAUAAAAGCAAACCAGACCUGGAAGAAGGCCUGCUACAUCUUCUUCUGAGACUGCGACAAGAAGAGUUCUUUGACACCCUGCUCAUUUAUGGAAAGGAUUGUGUUUUUCAUCAACUAACAAAAAGCUUGGAGUUAUCCACAGUUCUGGUAUCAUCGGGUAGCACCAACUUUGAUUGGAACUUUAGCAGCCUGACACUAAUACUCAGCUGUAGACUCGAAGCGGAAAAAGAAAUGACCUAUCGCACUCUGAUGAAGCUACAAAGAAACAGGCAUUUGAUUUAUAUAAAUAAGGAUAUUCAAGCCAAAUCUGUGUGUGAUCUUUAUGCCAAAAAAGAGCAACAUAAUAUAGCUUUUGUUAAGAAAGACUUUAUUCAGUCCAAAAUCAUCACGGCCUGUCGCUGCUUUCAAGAACCCAACUUUCAGGAAGUAAGUUUACAAGAAAGUUAUCCAAUUUAUAUAGAAAACUUUCAUGAUAUACACAGACAACCUUUAAGAAUAAUGACAGACCUAGUGGCUCCCAGAUCCAUGGUGUAUCAGGAUCCAAAAACCGGUCAAACCAAGAUGAUUGGCUAUGUGGCCAAUCUGAUCAACAACUUUGCUCACAAGAUAAAUGCCAGUUUGGAGGUAAAAAGCCUGAGCAGUAAUGAAAGCUUUAGAAAUAUCAUAAAGUGGAUAAAGGCAGAUCAAAUUGACAUGGCCAUGACUCUGGAAGCCUCUGUGCAUGCCACAAACUUUGAUACGGCCAGCUAUCCCUAUGUUUUGACUUCCUACUGCCUGAUGCUGCCAGUUCCAGCCAAGGUGCCUUACAAUUUGGUUUAUGCGGUUAUAGUGGAUCAUCUGGUACUUGGCAUACUCGUCCUUUUGUUCGUGGUACUAUCGCUGCUACUGAUAUACAGCAAGAAUAUGUCCUGGCAGGGCCUGAGCCUGGCCGAUGUCCUGCUGAAUGAUGUUAGUCUACGUGGAAUCUUGGGACAAUCGUUUCCUUUUCCCUCCAACCCGAGCAAACAGUUGAGGUUGAUCUUCAUUAUUUUAUGCUUCGCCAGCGUCAUGCUGACCACCAUGUAUGAGGCCUAUUUGCAGUCCUUCUUCACGCAUCCCCCAUCUGAAGCCUAUAUACGCUCUUUUGAGGACAUAAACGAGUUCCACCAAAUGAUUGCCAUCACUACAUUUAAGAUGAAUGAACUCAACAAUAUCAAUAAUAGACACUUUAAAACAAUAAGCAAAGACAACCUUAAGAUCUUUGAAAACUGGCAUGAUUAUCUAGAUCUGCGCAAUGCCUUCAACCGAAGCUAUGGUUAUUUGGUGACGGAAGAUAGAUGGAACACAUAUGCAGAACAGCAAAAGAACUUCAAGGACACACUCUUCUACUUCUCCAAGGACCUGUGCUUCUCCCGCCUGCUUUUUCUAAACAUUCCUCUACGCCGACACCUGCCCUAUCGUCACCUCUUCGAGGAGCACAUGCUGCGCCAGCACGAGGUGGGCUUGGUGAGUUUCUGGAAGAGCCGGAGUUUCUUCGACAUGGUGCGACUGGACAUAACGACUUUGGAGGAUCUAAGUCGGCCAAAACCAUAUGAGCCGAGUCUUCUUUUGCUGGAUGUCUCCUGGAUAAUGAAACUCUAUUUGGCGGCGAUGGUAGUCAGCAUUGUGUGCUUUAUUUUAGAAAUUUUAAAAUAA